AUGUCUUCAGCUACCUCUUUCUACGAUUUCGAGCCCGUUGACAAGAAGGGAACUCCCUUCCCCCUCGCCUCGCUCAACGGCAAGGUCGUUCUUGUCUUUGAAGGCCUCGAGAAGCUCUACCAGAACCUUAAGACCAAGUACCCCGAAGACUUCACCAUUCUCGGUUUCCCUUGCAACCAGUUCGGCAACCAAGAUCCCGGCUCCGACGAUGAGAUCCAGUCCUUCUGCCAGCUCAACUACGGUGUCUCAUUCCCCGUCCUCGGAAAACUCGAUGUGAACGGCGAUAACGCCGCGCCUGUCUGGACAUUCAUGAAGGAACAGCAGCCUGGUCUUAUGGGACUCAAGCGUGUUAAGUGGAACUUCGAGAAGUUCUUGAUCUCCGCUGAUGGAAAGGUUAUCUCUCGCUGGGCCACCGUCACCAAGCCCGAGGGCCUCGAGGAUUCUAUUGUCAAGGAGAUCGAGAAGGCCAGGAAGGAGGGCACCCUCGCCUCACAGAAGGCUGGAGCCGAGCAGGCUAAGCUGUCCUAG